GUCGUGGACCGCUUUUGAUUAAAGUCCUUGUAGGCUUGUACUGGUAACUGGACGCAGAUACUGUAUACAAGUCGGCGGCUGUGAAAUCGAUAUCCAUCCGCUGAAAAGGGAGCCGGGAGCUUCAUCCCGCUUUCUGUUUACUUGUUCAAGUGACGCUCGCCAACGUUCGACUGCAUCUACCUGCCCACCACCGACUACGUACGGCCACGAGUAAACCAGCAGAAUGGGUCUGAGCAACGUCGGCAAAACCAAGACGGAGCUAGGCUUCCGCUACGGCGCAAUCGGUCUAGUCGUAUUGCAGCUCGCCUUUCUCAUUGCGAGCGCCGCGAUUCCCAAUUGGGCUGAUUACAAAGUCUCGGUCUUGAAACAGACUGUUGGGCUCUACAAAACGUGCGUCAUCGAGUACAAUGGUGUUUCGGGAGAGCUCUGCGAACGCUACGAUGGCUCCCAGCCAACUUCUCUCACCGUUGCUGCCGCCAUGAUCCCGAUCGCCAUUAUCUUUCAAUUCCUCGUCGGGGCGCUCUUGAUCCUCAACAUCCGCAAACAAGCCCAGAAGUUUGGCUACGCCGCUGUUGCACUCAACACGCUCACCCUCGCCGCCAUCAUGACCGCCAUCGCUUUUUUCGUGAAAGCGGCUCACCAAGUCGGGAGUGAGAAGUUUGUAGAUAAUGACAGGAACGUUCAGGAUGUAGAGAUGCUGGGGUACAAGGGCGGAUUUGUGCUCGCCAUUAUGGCUAUGCUUGUUGGGUUUGUGAUUGAGUUCUUUGUUGCACGUGCGGCGUACCUUAGCGAGUUCUGAGGGGGACAUCUCUUAGUUUUGGUCUGUUUGGAGAAAACCAACAUCAACCCCGCUGGGUCGGGGAGAUGCGAAACAACCGAGUCUGAUGCUAUUCGGAAGGAAUGAACACUAGGUAGCUCGCGCAUAUAGCCUUAGUUGGUAUCCACUAUUAUAGAUAUGUAGCGUGAACAAUCCCAAAUGACAAAUGGAGAAUCGUCUCUGGGUG